GAAGACAUGGUCGAUUUGCCGUACCUUCACGAAGCUGCCAUUCUUUUCAACCUGAAAGCUCGCCAUAUACAGGGUCUUCCAUACACGCGUACCGGAGAUAUCGUAAUCGCUUUGAAUCCCUACCAAUGGCUGGACGACUUAUACAGCGAAAAGAAACAAAACAGGUACUCUCAAAAGCUUGUCUGGGAAAGCCAUGAUUCUGACCCCCGGCAAGAAAUUGCUCCUCACGUGUAUGAGACUUCGGCUCUGUCAUACAAGGGACUUGCCGCAGAUGGACAAAAUCAAUCCAUUCUUGUCUCUGGCGAAUCUGGUGCCGGGAAGACUGAAACUGUGAAGAUUUGUAUGAAUCACAUCGCUAGCGUGCAGGCUGGUCCGGGAAGCAAGCAUAAAAAGGCGAACAAGGUGGUACAACGUGUUGUUGAAUCAAAUCCACUACUCGAAGCCUUUGGUAAUGCCAAGACCCGUCGCAAUGACAACUCUUCGCGUUUCGGAAAGUACAUUCAACUCCAAUUCGAUCGCGGCGAUGCCUCGGUUGGGGAGCGUAUCCCUCCUUGCAUGUUGGCAGGGAGCAAAUGCGACGUCUACCUUUUAGAAAAGACAAGAAUUGUUCAACACGAUGAAAACGAACGCACGUAUCAUAUAUUUUACCAGAUUCUUGCCGCAGAGGAUUCAGACAAGGCUGCAAUAUGGAGCGGCCUUCGCGGUAAGCGAAACCAAGAUUUUAAGUACGUUGGGAAGUGCGCCCCUCUUAACUACGAUGGUCAUACAGAUGACCAGCAUUACUACAAUACUGUUAAAUCUCUGGAGCUCAUCGAUAUAAAGGAUGAGAAGCUAAUGACCCUAAUGCGAGCAAUCACGGUUGUCAUGCAACUAGGAAACAUCAACACCGGACCACUCCACGGCGACUACGAUAAGUCCACGGUGACGAAUCGAAAUGAGCUUGAUGAUCUCUCUGAGCUAAUCGGUAUUCCAAGCAAUGACAUGAUUCAUGCUUUGACGGAACGCACCAUGACAACCCGAGGCGAAGUUUUUAAGGUACCACUUAAGCCGGACCAAGCAAAAGAUUCUUGUGAUGCAUUUGCUAAGGAGAUCUAUUCCAAGCUUUUCUUGUGGCUCGUUCGAGAAAUCAACGACGCAACCUGUGCAGAAAAGAACUACAGCGGACAGCGGCAAGCAGACUUCACAACAAUUGGCCUUCUUGACAUUUUCGGUUUUGAAUCUUUCCCAGUCAAUGGAUUCGAACAGCUGUGCAUCAACUAUGCAAACGAAAAGCUUCAACAGAAAUUUACCAGAGACAUUUUCCAGACCGUACAGGAAGAGUAUAAGUUUGAAGGUAUUCGCCUUGACGAUAUUAUGUACGAUAACAACACUGAUGUUCUUGAUCUGAUUGAAGGCCGUGGGGGAUUGCUUGCAAUCUUGAACGAGGAGUGCGUUCGUCCGAAAGGAAGCGAUCGCGAGUUCGUGUAUAAAGCAAAGGAUACAAACAAAAAUUCUGCCUGCCUUAUAAACGACAAGCUACUCGGGCCUAUGGAUUUUGGGAUCCAUCAUUACGCCGGCAAGGUAGUGUACUUUGCGGACGGAUUCCUUGUUCGCAACCAGGAUGCAAUUGCUGCUGAUUUAAAGGAAAUUGCCAAGAAGUCCAGCAAUGACAUCAUCGCCAACCAUUUGGACAACGACAAGAGUCUGAAUGAGGAAAACGAUACUGCUGCUAGAAACAUGCCGCCACGCCGUGGCAAAAGCGGAAUUUCCAACGACACUCUAUGGAGCAAAUUCAAGACACAAUUGAAUUCCUUAAUGAAGAGUCUGAAUGAGACUCAGUCUCGAUACAUUCGCUGCAUAAAACCGAACACUCUGAAGAAACCCUUCAUUUUACAACAUAUGACCACAGUUGAGCAACUUCGGUGCGCUGGUGUAGUCGCAGCCGUCACCAUUUCCCGCUCUGCUUUCCCCAAUCGACUUGACCAUCGCGCUUGCCUGGAGCGGUUCAAGCUUUUAUCGAAAAAGAAAGCCAAGAAGAGCUCAAAAGGUGAUACAAAGGACGAGGUGACAAAAAUGCUGGAAAGGGCUUUGCGUGGCAUGCCAUCUUCUGACGAUGGUAGAGAACCCUUCGUGGUUGGAAAGACUCGAGUGUAUUUCCGAGCUGGUGCUCUCGAAUUCCUUGAAAGCGAGAGAAUGAAAGGCUGGGACAAAUGGGCAAUCGAUAUUCAACGCGUCACUCGUGGAUGGCUUGUUCGGAAG